AUGGCGAACACCGCUGCGCCUUCUUCGUCGUCGUUUACGUCGUUAUUAUUAUUCUCGUCGAAGGAAGGACGACGACAUCACAAUUGGAAAAGAGUGUCAGCCGCCACUCGAUCGAAUGUCUUCAACAACUUUAUGGUGAAAGACAACAACGGCAGAGCCGCGUCGUCUCUGGCAUCCUCCUCCUCUUCUUCUUUGAAAAAGGAAGAAGACGAAGACCAAGCGUUGCUGAUGGCGUCUUUCGACGAUUUAUCCGCGGACGUGCGCGAGGCGUUGGAAAACUUAAACUUGCAGUCGCCGACGGAAAUUCAAUCCUUGGCUAUUCCGUCCAUCCGAGACAAGGGCGGAAACGUGUGCAUUGCCUCUCACACCGGGUCAGGGAAAACGCUGGCGUAUUUGUUACCCAUUCUGGACGCGUUGAAAAGAGAAGAGAUAGAAGCCGACGGUGAUCGAUUGGCGAAGAGUCGACGACCGAGAGCGUUAAUCGUCUCGCCGACGAGGGAGUUGGCGGAGCAGAUAUUCGCGGUGACGAAGAGUUUGUCGCACUACGCGAAGGUGUCAUCGAGGUUGAUUUUGGGUGGGAGACCGUUCGCGUUGCAAAAAGAUAAUUUGGAAGCGCCGGUGGACGUCGUCGUUGGGACGCCGGGGAGACUCGUGAAACACUGCGAGGAGAAGAGUUUGUUUCUCGGGAGUUGUAAAUUUGUCGUUUUGGACGAGGCGGAUACGUUGUUCGAGGCUGGGUUCGGGGAAGACGUGGAAAGGUUGCUGAGACCGGUGAAAAAUCGAAACAGAGGAGGUGAUGACGGAGACGAGAGUAAAAAGAAAUCAACCACCAUCGUUCUCGUUUCGGCGACUAUGCCGGAUAGAUUGAAGAAAUUAAUCGACACGUCUUUACCGGACGUGCAAUACGUGAAGACGCAAUCGUUACACAAAUCUGCGCCUGGACUGAAGCAUAACUUCGUAAACGUCCCUGGUUCCGAGGAUAAGAUGAAAUUUUUGGAAGAUAUCGUGGUUCCAAUGCACGAGAGAGGGAAACGCGUGAUGGUCUUUUGCAACACGGUGUCUAGUUGCGUCGCGGUUGAGAAGACGAUGGCGGAAAGAAACGUCAACACGGUUCAAUACCACGGCGACAUGAGCUCGGAAGAGCGCGUGGAGUCUAUGAAAGCGUUCUGCGAUGCGGAUCCCGAGGACGAUAAUUUGAUUUUAGUGUGCACAGAUUUAGCAGCGAGAGGUUUGGAUUUUGCCGGCGUUAAAGUCGACAACGUCGUGAACUUUGAUUUCCCGUUGAAUCCGGUGGAUUACAUCCAUCGCUCGGGAAGAACCGCCCGAGCGGGUGCAAAAGGCAUGGUCACAAACUUAAUAUCAAAAAGAGAUAAAGUAUUAGCGAACGAAAUCGAUGUUGCGGUUAGAUUGGGGAGACCAAUCGACGACGCGACGAGCUCGAAAGCCGUCGCGGAAAUUCGAAAGAUGAAAUUAGUCGACGAACGCAGACGCGCAAAAGGCAAAGAAGUGGACACGAAGAAGAAUUUUAAAUCGAGCAAUCGAGGGAGACGAGGGAGUUCGAGGUACGAAAGAAACGAAGAUGCGCAAGAAGGGGGAGGUAGAGGAGGAGGAGGUAGAGGAGGAAGAGGAGGAGGUAGAGGAGGAGGAAGAGGAGGAGGCAAACCUCGAGGGAACGCCAAAUUUUCCUCCAGUCGCUAA